AUGACCAAAGUCUUGAUGCAAACUCGGAAUGAUAAGCACAAGAGCAAUUUAAAUCUCUCCAAAGGUCUUGACUUGGUUGAAGAAGAAGAGCAGAUUACACAUCAAACUUUCAAGUUUGAUCCCAAUGACCUGGGUAAUGAGGAAGAAAUACGCAUCUGUAAGGCUGAGAUUCAAGGCAAAGAUUCAAAAGAGCCAUCUGACCACUAUUUGCUCAUAUAUAAGGUCGAGCUGAGGGAAAACAUCAUGCUUCUAACUGGUCUUAGCCAAGCAGUUGAUGUGACAGAAUCCAAAUCUGUCUGCGUGGGUUCAAAACCUGCUAAAGAUGAAAUUAUCAAGUGAUCAUCAGAGUCAAAAUCUGUUUCUCUUGGACCGUGCAGGUUUGAAACCUGCCAAUGAUAAAUUUCAUUUUUUAUGAAACCACACUUUUACAUAUGCUCAUGGUCGGCUUGCUUACAAGCUCGUCAGAGUUGUGUUCAGCCAAGUGAGUGGUUGUAGUUUCCAAAACUAUACAGAUGUCCAGUCUGACUUUUCUUCUUGGUUCUUCUGUCAACUUCUUGAUUAUUAUAUUCCAAUGGCUACUAUCUAUGGCUCAUAAUGAC